AGUAAAGUAGUUUUAUAUAUAAGUUUGUGAGAGGUUGAGUACAGCAUAUCUCUGUGUUAUAUUUUUACAUUAAUAUAAUAUCUUGAUCUUCUUAAUUGGGACAUAAAAGAUGCAGAUUAAAGCGAACGUUCUGAUAUUUUAUUGUAUAUGUUUGGUUGCCAUGGUACACCUAACUUCAGCCAUGUAUGGAUUGUGUUCAACAGAACAUCAUUUAAACAACGCCUGCAAUGAUAAUUAUGAUCGUUGUAAAGAAGUAUACAACGGAACUUGUACAUAUGGUGCUGGCGACCACAAUGAAGGUUGCCAAUGUAUUGUAAGAACAUACAGGAAUGGGAAAUGGAUUGAAAAGAUUAUGACAGAGAACCAUUUACCCAAAGACGUUACCAAGACAACGAACAAACCUAAUAAAGCCACCACAACAUCGAACAAAAAGACGGGCCCUUGAUUGACCUUUUAUCAAGAAUAGAGGAUAUGACAAUAACAAUGAGACGUUUAACGCUACUUUUUUUAUCAACGUCGAUUUCUCUGGAAUGAAAUAAAAGUUGUUUCCAGCUGAAUAUAUACUGUUAUUGAUUCAUUUAAACUCGAACAAUUUAUUUUAUUUUUCUUGGCGAAUCAGUUCCUACUUUUUACUAAACUCGAAAAUGAAAUCAAACAUAUGUUUCUGACAAAAAUUGUCUGAGGUACGGACGCGAUAACAUUUAUCAUUUCAUACAUGAUAUAUACAGUGCAUGACGCGAACAAAAUUAUUUUUAUCUUGGUAUAAUCACAAUGG